UUCAAGAUAUACAUUUAUUUAACCAAAAAAAUGAUUUUUAUUCCAUUAACUAACGUUUUGAUUAUUUCUAUCAUUUUAAUGAUGAUGAUUUCCUUUCUUAAUUCAUCUCAAAUAAAACCAACAUUUUAUCAACUUGUCGAUCAUAAAACGGAUAAAAGUUAUGAUAUUUAUUAUUCCAGGUCAAAGAGAAAUUAUGAGAUGAAAAUGACCGUUUAUCAAUAUUAUAACACAAUACACAAUAUAAAUGCCAAGCGAAUUCCUUCGCUAAAUGUCAAAUCAUUUGACAUUUAUGAAAAAGAAUUAGUUGAUUACUGUUCAGAAAAUUAUAAUUAUCCGGAGCUUGAAACUAAAAAUUAUUAUUCAACGUUUUUUAAGAAUCUAUUUACUAAUUUAUUCAAAUGUUUAGUGGUAUUAAAAAAAGGAGUGGCUGAAUUAAAUGAAAAAAAUGGAAUAAAAAAACAAGAGCAAUUACCAACAAGUGCAGAUAUAGAAAAUAGUAGUAAAUUCAAUACUAAAAUUAAAAAAAAAAUACUAGACUUUGAUAAAAUAGACCUCUUAAGAAGUUUUACAGAUAAUGAUAAUAACAAAGAAAACAUGACUAUUAUCAACGAUUUUAUCGACGAUUGGUUCAAAGAAAAUAAAAUCAUUGAUGAACCUAAAAAUGAUCAUGAAAGUACAUGUAUAACCAACAUAAAAAUCAUGAAUAAACUUGAAUUUAGAGCAACAAAAUUGAGUUACAUAAUAUAUCCAAAUUCAUUAGAAAAUAACUUAAACAGAUAUAAAGGAAAAAGAUAUAAUAUAAGAGUAUAA